AUGGCACACAGGAAUCACACUGUGGUGACUGAAUUUAUCUUGUUGGGACUCACAGACAACCUAAAGUUACAGCUCCUUCUCUUCGUGGUGUUUCUACUGAUCUACCUGUUGACCCUCGUGGGAAACCUGGGGAUGAUUGUGCUCAUCCAGGUUGACUCCAAGCUCCACAUUCCCAUGUACUUCUUCAUCAGCAGCCUUUCCUUCUUAGACGUCAGCUACUCCACCAUCAUUAUCCCUAGUACACUCAUGACCUUUGUGGCUGAGACAAAAGUCGUAUCCUACACAGCAUGCACAGCUCAGCUCUUCCUGUUCUGCACCGCAGUCACAGGGGAGUGCUACCUCCUGGCCGUGAUGGCAUACGACCGGUUCAUGGCUAUCUGCAACCCCUUGCUCUACUCCCUUAUCAUGUCCAGGAGGUUCUGCGUACUCCUUGUGUGCAGCUCCUGCUUCAUGAGCUGCAUCAAUGCAACUAUUCAGACGUUAUUUAUAUUUCACCUGUCCUUCUGCAGCUCCAACACCAUUGAUCACUUCUUUUGUGAUGUGCCUGCCAUCCUGAAGCUUUCCUGCUCUGAUACUUACAUCACUGACCUGGUCCAUUUCACUUGUUCUACUGUGCUCGUCACCUCAACCAUGCUCCUCAUUCUCAUCUCUUACAUCUACAUUGGGGUUGCCAUCCACAAGAUCAAAUGCCCCAAAGGCAGAUGCAAAGCCUUCUCCACCUGUGCUUCCCACUUGACUGCUGUCACCUUGUUCUAUGGGACAGGCUCCUUCAUGUACUUACGUCCCAGUUCAAAAUACUUUGUGGAGCACGACAAGAUCAUCUCUGUGUUUUAUACUCUGGCAAUUCCCAUGUUGAACCCUGUGAUUUACAGCCUGAGGAACAAGGAAGUCAAAGAAGCCCUUAGAAGGUCAGUAGCGAGGCUGUAUUAUGCUCUGUGUGAACCAUACCACAAAGAGUCAGGAGUCCGAGCAGGACUGAGAGAACCUGAGACCUGUUGA